CUCUAAUCAGCAAUGAGAGUGGGAAGCACAGGCUAAACUAGAACCCGUCGGGUGUUACCUUAUCACUUGUGCAUAAUGUGUUCAUGUAUUCGUGGAGACUAAGUAUAAAUGAUAAGGUAACACCUGACGGGGUCUUAGUUUAGCCCGUGCUUUCUACUCAGAGAGAGAGAGAGAGAGAGAGAGAGAGAGGGGUUGACAUUUGACAAGCGCCAUACGUCUGGCAGACAGGCAGAGGCGGCCAGGCGGCCCAGCUGAUGUGAUGACGUGCAACCAUGAGAAACCGUAGUUCUGCUUCUUGCACGGUUUCUAUCAAUGCAUUGAACAAGUCCUGAGCUGCUGUAGCUUUGAGAAGGGUCUUUGAUCGUUAUAUUACUGUCUCAGAUCGUCCUGGGAAAUGUAAAUACCGAGUGACACUGCACCUGUGGUGUGAAAUGUGAGGUUCAAGAGUACUGAUGCGGGUAAUCUGCUGUUAGAUAUGAUGCGGCAUUGUUGUGCUACCAUGGAUGACAGCGUGCCUUUGUUAUCUCCCACUACUGAAGGGAGCACCAUGGGGGAAGUCAGUGCCACCAAGAGCUUGCCAGCUGCAAUAUAUUUCCUGAUUCUCCUUAGUGCCAUUGGUGGCUUCCUCUUUGGAUAUGACACUGGGGUUGUGUCAGGUGCCAUGAUCCUAGUAAGUGUCAUUAGCAGUCAUACCUUGUUGGAAGGACCACACCAUUAUUAGGAGGAGGAUUUCAAGCUGAGUAUAGAGUGGCAUGAGUUGAUUGUGUCGGCUACCAUUGCGGCAGCCAUGAUGGCAGCUCUGGUAGCUGGUCCAGCCUCAGACAGGUUUGGGAGGCGGCCAGUGAUCCUAUGUGCCAGCCUGGUGUUCCUGGCAGGAGCCCUGGUGAUGGGUGCUGCCCCAGAGAAGGUCACUCUCCUUGUGGGACGCAUCAUUGUGGGCAUUGGGAUUGGGUUUGCAUCCAUGGCUGUACCAGUUUACCUGAGUGAGGUGUCACCGGUGGAGCUGAGAGGCAGAAUUACAGUGGUCAACAACAUCUUUAUUACUGGUGGCCAGGUCAUCUCAGCUGUUGUGUCUGGAAUAUUUUCAGAAGUCACAAUGGGCUGGAGGUACAUGUUGGGUCUUGCUGGGUUACCUGCCCUGCUCCAACUGAUUGGCUCUGCCUUCAUGCCUGAGAGUCCACGAUGGUUGAUAUCACGAGGAAGGGAUGCUGAGGCCAUGAAAGUAUUGGAGAAAAUCAGACCAAAGGAUGCAGAUUUGAUAAAUGAAAUUGAAGUUAUGAAAGCAGCCUUGGCUGAAGAUACCAAUCAGAGAGGACUGAGGGAGGUGCUGUCUUCUGCUCCAGUUCGUCAGGCACUUCUGGUUGGUUCUUUGCUACAGCUUUUCCAGCAAAUCUCUGGCAUUAACACCGUCAUGUAUUACAGUGCAUCAAUCAUUACCAUGGCUGGAAUCACAGACAAAUCUCUAGCAAUUUGGUUGUCUGCUGCCACAUCCUCCAUGAACUUUUUUGGCACCUUCCUUGGGUUGUGGCUGGUGGAGCGAUUAGGACGGAGGUCCCUCACUCUUGGCUCUCUUCUGGGCACAAUGCUUUCUUUGUUUGUGAUGGCCCUCACCUUCCAGAUGGCAUACAUCAACAGUCCCAAGGUCACCUUCCCAAACUCUGACUCACAUGAAUGUUUUGCUGACUCAUGUGGUGUGUGUACCAGCAAGUCUUCCUGUGGAUAUUGCUUCAUGGGUGAUCAGAAUGAUAUACUGAAUUCAACUUGUCUUGCUACUGAUGAAACUUCCUAUAAUGAGAUGAGUGUGACUGGUUGGUGCAGCAAUUCAACACUUAUAAAUGAUGGUCAAGUCACUUUUGCCUAUGACUGGUGUCCAUACAAGUAUGCAUGGCUGUGUAUUAUGGGUCUGGCUAUCUACCUUCUCUGCUUCUCCCCAGGUAUGGGCCCCAUGCCAUGGACCAUCAACAGUGAGAUCUAUCCUGGAUGGGCACGAGCCACCUGCACGUCCAUCACCACCUCCAUCAACUGGACUGCCAAUCUUGUGGUCUCCCUCACUUUUCUUACCUUGACAGAGCUACUUCUCAAACAUGGUGUUUUCUACAUGUACAUGGGCUUAGCUGGUCUGGGCCUCAUCAUUUUCUUUUUUUUGUUGCCGGAAACUCGUGGUGUGGCUCUGGAAGACAUGGAGAACCUAUUUUCCAAGCCACUCUCCUCAAGGUUCAGAAGAUGAAAACUCCUACAUUUCAUUGCAUUCUGUUGUGUUUUGUUUACAGUAGUCUUUUCAUAGCAAAUCUACAGUAGAACAUUGAUUAGUUACUAUUUAAAAUCAAAAAAUGGUUUUGCUUUUUUUAAAUCUAUUUUUAAAUAAGUUUUCCUAAAUUAAUUUAAAUUAAUUUAAAAGUUAAUUAUUUUAAUUUAUUUAAAAGUGAAUUACAAGUUAUUUGAUUUUGUAUGGUGCUGUAAUUGCAAUAAUUGAGGCAUAUUUCUGAAUGCAGAGUUUUUAUACAUAGUUAGGGAAGAUUUUGUUAUUGUCAUGGACAAGAUUAUGUCAUUUGUGUCCAGUCACACAGGUUUAUAUACACAAGGAAAUGCAAAGUUUGUUUGGUGAUAUCCUAAUUUGAUUAUUUAUAUCUUAAUUCCUCUGUUCAUGUCUGUUUAUAACCAGCCCAUUUCUGUGUAAUCAUCUCAUCCUAGUAAAAAAUCAUGUUUAACAUGAAGAUAGGGUGAAAGUGUUCAGAGUUUGAUUUGUAACAAAUCAAACUUCCUAUUUUGAGUUUGGCUUAUACAUAGUUGCAAUUCUGAGUAUGGCUUAUAACAAAGCACUUGAUUUGUAACAGAGCACUUCCUAUUUUAAUUUUUGUUUGCAAUAAAGCAAAACAAGCACUUCC